GAAAAGGACCGUUUUUUAUUUGUCACCCUGUUUCGCUCUUAAUAGUAAAUCAUUACCAGCACUGACAAUGGUUCCUAAUUUUGUAUAAGAAGAAAGGCUUAAACAAAAGAAGAAAAAGAAGAGGUGCUUCGAUUGUUGGGAGUGUGAACUCCUAGCUAAUUGCUACAAGCCCUGGGGUCUGCUUCUGACUGGACAGAUCCCAGAAGCCCAGCAUGGUUUCUGUGGCUGCAUAGAGCUGCCUGCUAGGGAGGAGUCUCCAGCUGCAGGGAGCCAUGGCAGCCUCCAGAGCUGCCUCCAGGUCCCCUCGGUCCCCUCGAGACAUUGCCAACGUGAUGCAGAGGCUGCAAGAUGAGCAAGAGAUUGUACAAAAACGCACCUUCACAAAAUGGAUCAACUCUCACCUGGCCAAGCGUAAGCCCCCGAUGGUGAUAGAGGACCUGUUUGAAGACAUGAAAGAUGGUGUGAAGCUGCUUGCUCUUCUGGAGGUCCUGUCUGGGCAGAAACUGCCUUGCGAACAAGGCCGCCGCAUGAAACGAAUCCACGCUGUGGCUAACAUCGGCACAGCGCUCAAGUUCCUUGAAGGAAGGAAGUCCAUUUACAGAGGAUCGCCGAUCAAGUUAGUCAACAUUAACUCCACUGACAUCGCUGACGGCCGGCCCGCCAUUGUUCUCGGGCUAGUGUGGACCAUUAUUCUGUAUUUCCAGAUUGAGGAAUUGACCAGCAACCUGCCGCAGCUGCAGUCUCUGUCCAGCAGCGCAUCCUCUGUGGACAGCAUGGUCAGCGCUGAGCUGGCCAGUCCGCCCAGCAAGAGGAAGGUGGCCGCCAAGGGCCAAGGCAAUGCCAAGAAGGCGUUAUUAAAGUGGGUUCAGUACUCAGCAGCCAAGCAGAUUGGCGUUGAAGUGAAAGACUUCGGACGGAGCUGGAGAAGCGGGGUUGCCUUUCACUCUGUCAUCCAUGCUAUUCGGCCGGAGCUUGUGGACUUUGAGAAAGUGAGAAGCAGAUCCAACAGGGAGAAUCUGGAGGAGGCUUUCACCAUUGCUGAGACGGAGCUGGGAAUCCCCAGGUUACUGGAUCCCGAAGAUGUUGAUGUGGACAAGCCAGAUGAGAAGUCCAUCAUGACCUACGUAGCCCAGUUUCUGAAGCAUUAUCCUGACAUUCACAAUACAGGCUCUGAUGAGCAAGAAAAUGAUAGAGAAGAUAGACUAAUUUUGAAGGAGACAAAAGUUUGGAUAGAUCAGUUUGAACGAGAUCUGACAAGGGCACAGAUGGCAGAAUCAAACUUUCAGGAUAAAUAUCAGUCAUUUAAGCACUUCAGAGUUCAAUAUGAAAUAAAAAGGAAACAGAUUGAACACCUCAUACAGCCCUUGCAUCGGGAUGGCAAGUUGUCACUUGACCAAGCAUUGGUGAAACAGGCAUGGGAAAGAGUAUCCUCCAGGCUCUUUGAUUGGCAUAUACAGCUUGAUAAGUCUCUUCCUGCACCUUUGGGCACCAUAGGUGCUUGGUUGUAUAGAGCAGAGGUGGCUCUGAGGGAGGAAAUAACCAUUCAGCAGGUCCAUGAGGAAACAGCCAACACAAUACAGCAGAAGCUUGAGCAGCACAAGGAUCUGCUUCAAAACACUGAUGCCCACAAAAGAGCGUUCCAUGAAAUCUACCGGACCAGGUCUGUUAACGGUAUCCCAGUGCAUCCUGAUCAGUUAGAGGACAUGGCUGAGAGGUUUCAUUUUGUUUCCUCUACAUCAGAGCUCCACUUAAUGAAAAUGGAAUUUCUAGAAUUAAAGUACCGUCUGCUCUCACUGCUGGUUCUUGCAGAGUCAAAGCUGAAGUCCUGGAUUAUCAAGUAUGGGAGAAGAGAGUCAGUGGAGCUGCUUCUGCAAAGCUAUAUUUCUUUUAUAGAAAAUAGCAAGUUCUUUGAGCAAUAUGAAGUGACAUACCAGAUCUUGAAACAGACAGCUGAGAUGUACGUCAAAGCUGAUGGUUCAGUGGAAGAAGCUGAGAACGUGAUGAAGUUCAUGAAUGACACCACUGCCCAGUGGAGGAACCUGUCCGUGGAGGUGAGGAGCGUGAGGAGCAUGCUUGAGGAGGUCAUCGCCAACUGGGAUCGCUAUGACGACACGGUGGCCAGUCUGCAAGCUUGGCUCGAGGAUGCCGAGAAAAUGCUCAAUCAGUCAGAACUCGCCAAAAAGGAUUUUUUCCGAAAUUUGCCUCACUGGAUCCAGCAACACACUGCCAUGAAUGAUGCUGGCAAUUUUCUCAUUGAGACGUGUGACGAGAUGGUUUCCCGAGAUCUUAAGCAGCAGUUGCUGCUGCUGAAUGGGCGCUGGAGAGAGUUGUUUAUGGAGGUCAAGCAGUAUGCUCGAGCUGAUGAGAUGGACAGAAUGAAGAAAGAAUACACAGAUUGCAUUAGUACCUUGUCUGAUUUUGCAACUGAAGCCCAAAGGAAAUUUUCUGAGCCCUUAGAAGUCUCUUUUAUUAAUGUAAAAUUACUAAUUCAAGAGUUGGAGGAUGUGGAGCAGAGAGUGCCUGUGAUGGAUGCCCAGUACAAGAUGAUCACAAAGACGGCACACCUCAUUGCCAAAGAAAGCUCCCAGGAAGAGGCUAAUGAAAUGUUUGCAACCAUGUCCAGGCUCAAGGAGCAACUUGCCAAGGUCAAAGGAUGUUGCUCCUCCCUCCUUCGUGAGUCUCAGCAGCUGGUCACACCGUUGGAGGAGCUAGAAAAGCAGAUGACAUUCUUUUAUGAUUCUCUGGGCAAAAUCAAUGAAAUGAUAACAGUUCUUGAGCGUGAAGCACAAUCAAGUGCCCUUUUUAAACAAAAACAUCAGGAACUAUUAGCUUGUCAAGAAAGCUGCAAGAAAAUCAUGACCCUGAUUGAGAAAGGCAGCCAAAGUGUUCAAAAGUUUGUGACUUUGAGCAACGUGCUAAAGCAUUUCGAUCAGAUGAAGCUUCAGAGGCAAAUUGCAGAGGCCCACCUGGCCUUUCAGAAUAUGGUGAAGAAAACUGGAGAUUGGAAAAAACAUGUGGAAACCAACAGCCGCUUGAUGAAGAAAUUUGAGGAGUCUCGAGCUGAGUUGGAGAAGGUGCUGCGGACGGCUCAGGAGGGCCUGGAGGAAAAGGGUGACCCCGAAGACCUCCUGAGGAGACACACGGAGUUUUUCAGUCAGCUGGAUCAGAGGGUGCUCAAUGCUUUCCUGAAGGCUUGUGAUGAACUCACAGACAUUCUUCCUGAGCAGGAACAGCAGGGCCUCCAGGAAGCAGUUAGAAAGCUGCACAAACAGUGGAAGGAUCUUCAAGGUGAAGCCCCGUACCAUUUGCUUCAUCUGAAGAUCGAUGUAGAGAAGAAGAAAUUCUUAGCCUCCAUCGAGGAAUGCAGAGCUGAGCUGGAUCGAGAGACCAAGCUGAUGUCCCAAGAAGGCAGUGAAAAGAUUAUUAAGGAGCACAGGGUUUUCUUCGGUGACAAAAGUCCUCAUCAUCUCUGUGAAAAGAGGUUACAGCUCAUGGAAGAACUGUGUGUGAAACUCCCAGUCCGGGACCCAGUAAGGAACGCGCCAGAAGCCUGCCGCGUGGCUCUAAAGGAGCUCAGAGCCAACAUCGAUGGCACCUAUGCGCAGCUGGUGGGAGACCCAGACAAGUGGAGGGACUAUACCAGCAGAAUUUCUGAAUUCUCAUCUUGGAUAUCAGCAAAGGAGACUCAACUGAAAAGAAUUAAGAGUGAUGCCAUCGACACUGACAGCGACGGAGAGGUUAAGCGUGCCGUUGAAGAAAUCAGAAGUGGUAUUAGCAAAAAUGGCGAAACUCUCAGUUGGUUGAAAUCCAGGCUUAAAAUCUUGACAGAAGUUUCUUCUGAGAAGGAAGCCCAAAAGCAAGGUGAUGAGCUGGCCAAAUUAUCCAGUUCUUUCAAGGCUCUCAUGGCAUUGUUGUCUGAGGUUGAAGAGAUGCUAAGUAAUUUUGGGGAUUGUGUCCAGUACAAAGAAAUAGUCAAAAGUUCCCUUGAGGAUUUAAUUUCCGGCUCAAAGGAGGUACAGGAGCAAGCUGAGAAAAUAUUGGACACUGAAAAUCUGUUUGAAGCACAGCAGUUACUUCUUCACCACCAGCAAAAGACGAAAAGGAUCUCAGCAAAGAAGAGGGAUGUGCAGCAGCAGAUUGCACAGGCCCGGAAGGGAGAGGGGGGACUGCCUGGCCGGGCCCGCGAGGAGCUGCGUCAACUAGAGAGUACUCUGGAUGGCAUGGAACAGAGCAGGGAGAAGCAGGAGCGCCGCAUCCAGGUCACCUUAAGAAAGUGGGAGCGAUUUGAAACAAACAAAGAGACAGUGGUCAGAUACCUUUUUCAAACAGGUUCCAGCCAUGAGCGCUUCUUGAGUUUUAGCAGUUUGGAAAGUUUAUCUUCAGAACUGGAACAGACAAAGGAGUUUUCUAAGAGAACAGAAGGUAUUGCAACUCAGGCUGAGAAUCUUGUGAAGGAAGCUGAAGAGAUACCACUUGGGCCCAAGAAUACACAGCUGCUUCAACAGCAGGCCAAGUCCAUCAAAGAGCAAGUCAAAAAACUAGAAGAGACGCUUGAAGAAGAUAUUAAAACCAUGGAAAUGGUGAAAAACAAGUGGGAUCAUUUUGGCAAUAAUUUUGAGACCUUGUCCACCUGGAUAACUGAGAAAGAGCAAGAACUCAAUGCCUUGGAAACUUCGUCAUCUGCCAUGGAAAUGCAAGUCAACCAAAUUAAGGUGAUAAUUCAGGAAAUAGAAAGUAAGAUCAGCAGCAUCACAGGGCUGGAAGAAGAAGCCCAGUCUUUCGCCCAGUUUAUUACCACUGGAGAAUCUGCUCGAAUCAAAGCCAAGUUGACGCAGAUAAGGAGGUACUGGGAGGAGCUCAGAGAGCAUGCGCAGUGUCUGCAAGGCACUGUCCUGGGACGCCUGUCCCAGCAACAAACGUUUGAAGACAAUCUCAACAAGAUCCAGCAGUCUGUGUGUGAAUUUGAAGAUAAACUUGCUGAUCCAAUUAAAAUAUGUUCUUCAGCUACAGAAACCUACAAGGUUCUCCAAGAACAUAUGGAUCUCUGUCAGGCUCUCGAGUCGCUGGCCAGCACAGUGGCUUCUUUCUCAGCCAGCGCCCGGAAGGUGGCCAGCAGAGAACUUUCGGUGCAGGAGGCCGCCGCUCUGCAGCAGAGAUACGAGGGGCUGCUGGUUCAAGCCAAGCAGCGACAGAUGGUGCUGGAGCAGCUGCUGACCCACUGGCAGAGACUCGAAAAAGAACUGUCGACUUUCUUGACCUGGCUAGAGCGGUGUGAAGCUAUAGCCAGUUCCCCAGAAAUGGACAUUUCUGCAGACAGAGUCAAAGUGGAGAGUGAACUUCAGUUAACACAGGUGCUGCAAAAUGAAGUUGUAUCCCAGGCUUCACUGUAUAGCAGCCUUUUGCAUUUGAAGGAAUCACUAUUUUCAGUCGCCUCCAAAGAUGAUGUGAAAAUGAUGAAGCAGCAUUUGGAGCAGUUAGACGAGAGAUGGAGAGAUUUGCCACAGUUAAUUAGCAAAAGGAUUCAUUUUCUUCAGUCUGUGGUGGCCGAACACCAGCAAUUUGAUGAGCUGCUGCUCUCCUUUUCUGUCUGGAUUAAGCUGUUUCUUGGUGAACUGCAGACGACGUCUGAGGUGAACGUGGCGGACCCUCAUGCUGCUCUUGCUCGGCACAAGGACCAUGCAGCAGAGGUGGAGGGCAAGAAGGGAGACCUGCAGAGGCUGCAGGGUCACCUGGCGAAGCUGUGCGCUCUGGGCCAGGCAGAGGAUCUGCACCUGCUGCAGGGCAAGGCGGAAGACUGCUUUCAGCUGUUCGAGGAGGCCGGGCAGGUGGUGCAGCGGCGGCAGCUGGCUCUGUCCCAGCUGGCUGAGUUUCUGCAGAGCCACGCUUCUCUGUCAGAGGUGCUACACCGCCUGAAGCAAAUGGUGGAAGCAACCAACAGCAUGGACAAGAAGCAGUCUGCCAUGUUAGCAAAGGAACUAGACGAUGCUCUUCCAGAAGUUAAAAGGCUGGAGACUGUGGCCAUCAGUCUCGACGGCAUUCUCUCCAAGGCUCAAUACCAUCUUAAAGGUGGGAGUCCGGAGAAAAGGACUUCCUGCAGAAAUACAGCUGAUCACCUCUGUUCGGAAUUAGAGAAGAUCCAGAACCUUCUGGGGACCAAGCAAAGUGAGGCAGAUGCCCUGGCUAUGUUGAAAAAAGCCUUUCAGGAGCAGAGAGAGGAGCUGCUGAAGGGCAUUGAGGACAUUGAAGAAAGGGCUGACGCAGAGCGACUGAAGGAGCCCACACGCCAGGCUCUUCAGCAGAGGUUGAGAGUUUUUAACCAGUUAGAAGACGAAUUGAAUUCUCAUGAGCAUGAACUAUGUUGGUUGAAGGACAAAGCUAAGCAAAUUGCCCAAAAAGAUGUAGCUUUUGCACCUGAAGUUGACAGAGAGAUCAACCGCUUAGAAGUCACUUGGGAUGAUACCAAAAAACUAAUUCAUGAAAACCAGGGUCAGUGCUGUGGACUUAUUGACUUAAUGAGAGAAUAUCAAAACUUGAAGUCAGCCGUUUCUAAAGUCCUAGAAAAUGCCAGCAAUGUGAUUGUAACCAGAACUACUAUAAAAGAUCAGGAGGAUCUUAAAUGGGCUCUAUCCAAGCAUGAAACUGCAAAGAAUGAGAUGCAUAAUAAACAGAAAGAACUGGAUAACUUUACCAGUAAAGGAAAGCAUUUGCUAUCUGAGCUGAAGAAAAUCCACAGUGGUGAUUUUCUCCUGGUGAAAACAGACAUGGAAAACAUUGUGGAUAAGUGGUUGGAUGUGUCAGAGAGAAUUGAGGAGAAUACAGAUAGGCUGAGGGGGAGCCUCUCCAUCUGGGAGGAUGUACUUUCAAGUAAAGAUGAGAUCGAAGGAUGGUCAAACAAUUCUGUUCCUCAGCUGACGGAAAGCAUCAGCAACCUGAAUAAUAGCCAGAGAGCUGAAAAAUUUCUUAAAGAAUUUGAGGAAUUCCAGGAAUGGUUUUCUAGAAUAAAGACAGCAGCAAAAGCUUCAUCAGAUAGAACCGGUGACAGCAAAGUUCUAGAAGCAAAGCUCCAGGACCUUCAGAAUAUUCUGGACUCAGUCAGUGAGGGACAGAGCAAGCUCGAUGCUGUGACUCAAGAAGGACAAACUUUGUAUGCACAUUUGUCUAAGCAAAUUGUCAAUAGCAUCCAGGAACAAAUUACAAAAGCUAAUGAAGAAUUUCAAGCGUUUCUUAAGCAAUGCCUUAAAGAUAAACAGGCGCUUCAUGACUGUGCCCUAGAACUUGGGAGCUUUGAGGAUCAGCACAGAAAACUGAACUUAUGGAUCCAUGAAAUGGGUGAAAGGUUAACUACAGAAAACUUAGGAGAAAGUAAACAGCACAUUCCUGAGAAGAAAAAUGAAGUCCACAAAGUGGAAAUGUUUCUGGGAGAGCUCCUGGCCGCAAGAGAGUCUCUUGAUAAACUUUCCCAGCGAGGGCAGCUUCUCAGCGAGGAAGGCCACGGAGCCGGGCAAGAAGGACGCCUGUGCUCCCAGCUGCUCACACACUACCAGACGCUGCUCAGGAUGACCAAGGAGAAGCUUCGGGGCUGCCAGGCGGCCCUGCAGGAGCACGAGGCCCUGGAGGAAGCGCUGCAGAGCUUGUGGUCCUGGGUGAAGGACGUUCAGGACAGACUGGCCAGCGCAGAGAGCACUGUUGGCGGCAGAGACACCCUGGAGAAGCGGCUCCUCCAAGUGCAGGAGAUUCUCCUAAUGAAAGGGGAAGGAGAAGUGAAGUUGAAUAUGGCCAUCGGCAAAGGGGAACAGGCCUUGAGAAGCAGCAACACAGAAGGUCAGAAGGUGAUUCAGACGCAGCUUCAGACCCUUAAAGAUGUGUGGGCUAAUAUCAUGAGCUCCUCAGUCCGUGCUCAGAGCACUUUGGAGUCUGUGGUGAGUCAAUGGAAUGACUAUCUGGAGUGGAAAAACCAGUUGGAGCAGUGGAUGGAAUCGGUGGAGCAAAAAGUAGAGCGUCCCUUGCAGCUGCAAGCAGGUCUGAAGGAAAAGUUCUCCCUCCUGGACCACUUUCAGUCCAUCCUGUCCGAGGCGGAGGAGCACGCUGGAGCCCUGCAGCGGCUCUCUGCAAAGUCCAGGGAGCUCUACCAGAAGACUGAGGACGAAUCUUUCCAGGAGACAGCUCAGGAGGAACUGAAAUCCCAGUUUAAUGAUAUCGUGACUGUGGCCAAGGAGAAAAUGAGAAAAGUGGAAGAGAUCGUGAAAGACCAUCUAAUGUAUUUAGAUGCAGUCCAGGAGUUCACAGAUUGGCUCCACUCAGCCAAGGAAGAACUUCACCGGUGGUCAGAUAUGUCUGGCGAUUCAUCAGCAACCCAGAAAAAGUUGUCUAAAAUUCAGGAGCUGAUGGAUUCCAGAGAGAUUGGCGCGAGCCGCCUCAACAGAGUAGAGUCGCUGGCUCCUGCAGUGAAACUGAACACAACUGCCAGUGGGUGUGAGCUCAUGGACACGGAGAUGCAGGCCCUGCGGGCUGACUGGAAGCAGUGGGAAGACAGCGGGCGCCACACACAGACCAGCCUGGAGACCCUCGUGAGCCAGAUGGCCCUUUCCGAGCAGGAGUUCUCAGCCCAAGCGGCUGCCCUGGAACAGGCCCUGGGCCAGUUCGGUGCCCUCCUGACAAGCUGGGCUCAGCAGCUGGGCAUGCUGGAAGGCAAGAACACAGACCAGGAGAUAGCAGAGUGCUGGCAGAGUGGACGUGAGGUUCUAGAUGCUCUACAACAAGCAGAGUCCAAGACCGAAGACCUGAAGUCUCAGCUGAAUGAACUUUGUCGAUUUUCCAGAGACUUGAGUUCAUACAGUGGGAAAGUUUCUGGUUUGAUUAAAGAAUACAAUUGUCUUUGUUUGCAAGCAUCCAAGGGCUGUCAGAAUAAAGAACAGAUUUUGCAACAAAGAUUUCGAAGAGCAUUCAAAGAUUUCCAGCAGUGGUUGGUUAAUGCAAAAAUCACUACCGCCAAAUGUUUUGAUAUACCUCAGAAUAUUAGUGAAGUUACAACAAGUCUUCAGACAAUACAGGAAUUUUUAUUGGAAAGUGAAAAUGGACAGCACAAGCUAAACAUGAUGCUAUCCAAAGGGGACCUCUUGAUGAGUCUGUUGAGCAAAGACAAAACUGAUGGAAUCCAGGCCAAAAUGGCAACUGCCAAAGAAGACUGGAAAAGUUUUCAUUCGCAUCUCCACCAGAAGGAGUCGGCUUUGGAGAGUCUAAAAAUCCAAAUGAAGGACUUUGAAGUAAGUGCUGAGCCCGUACAGGGCUGGCUGAGCAAAACUGAGAAAAUGGUGCAUGAAAGCAGCAAUCGCCUGUAUGACCUGCCAGCAAAGAGGAGGGAGCAGCAGAAGCUCCAGUCUGUCCUUGAGGAAAUAAACUGCUACGAGCCUCAGCUCAACAGGCUCAGAGAGAAAGCUCAGCAGCUGUGGGAAGGACAAGCUGCCAGCAGGAGCUUUACGCACAGAGUGUCGCAGCUGUCUUCUCAGUAUCUAGCGCUAAGCAAUCUAACAAAGGAGAAAGUGUCCCGACUGGACAGGAUCGUGGCCGAGCACAGCCAGUUCUCCCUGGGGGUGAAGGAGCUGCAGGACUGGAUGACGGACACUGUCCACAUACUGGAUUCCUACUGCCACCCGACGUCUGACAAGAGCGUGCUGGACAGCAGGAUGCUCAAGCUCGAGGCUCUCUUGUCGGUGAAGCAGGAGAAGGAGAUCCAGAUGAAGAUGCUGGUGACCAGGGGGGAGUGUGUCCUGCAGAACACCUCAGCGGAAGGGGUGCCCGCUGUUCAGCAGCAGCUGCAGUGUGUGAAAGAUAUGUGGGCGUCCUUGCUGUCUGCGGGAAUUCGCUGUAAAAGUCAACUUGAAGGCGCCCUUUCCAAGUGGACCAGUUACCAGGAUGACAUUCGGCAGUUUUCCAGUUGGAUGGACGGGGUGGAGACCAGCCUGAGCGAGUCGGAGCGGCAGCAUGCUGAGCUGCGGGAGAAGACGGCAGCUCUGGGGAAAGGCAAGCUAUUAAUUGAAGAGGUGCUGAGCCACAGCAGCUUGCUGGAGACCAUAGAAGUCAAAGGGGCUGGCAUGACAGAACACUAUGUCACCCAGCUGGAAUUCCAGGAUCUUCAAGAGCGCUACCAGGCGAUCAAGGAACGGGCCAAGGAAGCAGUAACCAAGUCUGAAAGACUAGUUCGGCUGCACCAGGAGUAUCAGAGAGAUCUACAGGCAUUUGAAGUUUGGUUGGGGCAAGAACAAGAAAAACUUGACCGGUACUCAGUUCUGGAAGGAGACGCCCACUCUCACGAGACAACACUUCGGGAUCUCCAGGAGCUGCAGGUGCGCUGUGCCGAGGGUCAGGCACUGCUGAACUCAGUGCUGCGCAGCAGAGAGGAGGUGAUACCGUCGGGUCUCCCCCAGACAGAGGAUCGGGCUCUAGAAUCUCUCCGGCAGGACUGGCAGGCUUACCAGGAGAGACUCUCCGAGACCCGAACUCAGUUCAACAAUGUUGUGAACAAGUUGAGACUGAUGGAACAGAAGUUUCAGCAAGUGGAUGAGUGGCUGAAAAUCCUGGAGGAGAAAGUGAGUCUCCGAACGCAGCGUCAGUCCAGUCGGGCAGCCAAGGAGAUACAGUUACAUCAGAUGAAGAAGUGGCACGAGGAAGUGGCUGCCUACAGAGAUGAAGUUGAGGAGGUGGGUGCCCGCGCACAGGAGAUCCUGGAGGAGAGCCACGUGAGCAGCCGCACCGGCUGCCAGGCCGCACAGCUGGCAUCCAGAUACCAGGCCCUUGUCCUCCAAGUGCUGGAACAAAUAAAAUUCCUGGAGGAAGAGAUCCAGAGCUUGGAGGAAUCAGAGUUAUCCCUGAGUUCCUACUCGGAUUGGUACGGCUCUACUCAUAAAAACUUCAAGAAUGUAGCUGCCAAAAUUGAUAAAGUAGAUAAAGCCAUGAUGGGGAAGAAAAUGAAGACAUUGGAGGGUUUGCUCAAAGACAUGGAGAAAGGCCACAGUUUGCUGAAAUCAGCCCGGGAGAAGGGGGAGCGAGCUCUGAAGUACUUGGAGGAUGGUGAAGCAGAGACAUUGAGAAAAGAAAUCCACGGUCGCGUGGAGCAGUUGAAGGACCUGACCAGCACUGUCCGAAAAGAGCACACAGCCCUGGAGAAAGGCCUCUAUCUGGCCAAGGAGUUCUCAGACAAAUACAAAGCGCUCGCUCAGUGGGUAGCUGAGUACCAAGGGGUCCUGCAGAGCCCUGAAGAUCCCAAGAUGGAGUUAUAUGAGAAAAAAGCUCAGUUAUCUAAAUACAAGUCCCUCCAACACUCGGUGCUGUCCCAUGAGCCCUCGGUCACGUCGGUGCGGGAGAAAGGGGAGGCGCUUCUGGAACUGGUGCAGGAUGUUACUUUAAAGGACAAAAUAGAUGAACUCGAGAGUGACUAUCAGGGCCUCUGUGCAUCAGCAAAGGAGCACGUCUGCAGUCUCGAGGCGAAGGUCAAGGACCAUGAAGAUUACAACAGUGAGCUCCAGGAGGUGGAAAAGUGGCUGCUGCAGAUGUCCGGCAGGCUGGUGGCACCAGACCUCAUGGAGACCAGCAGCUUGGAGACCAUCACGCAGCAGCUGGCCCACCACAAGGCCAUGAUGGAAGAAAUUGCAGGUUUUGAAGAUCGUUUGGACAACCUUAAAAUGAAAGGUGACAAUUUGAUUAGUCAGUGCGCAGACCACCUGCAAGCCAAGCUUAAACAAAAUGUGCACGCACACCUGCAGGGCACGAAGGACAGCUACUCUGCCAUCUGCAGCACAGCUCAGAGGGUGUACCAGAGUUUGGAACACGAACUUCAAAAGCAUGUCAGCCGGCAGGACACCCUGCAGCAGUGCCAGGCGUGGCUUUCUGCUGUCCAACCUGAUGUCAAGCCCAGCCCGCACCCACCUCUAAGCAGGGCUGAAGCCGUGAAGCAGGUUAAACACUUCAGAGCUUUGCAGGAGCAGGCAAGGACCUAUUUAGAUCUCCUUUGUUCCAUGUGUGAUUUGUCAAACCCUUCAGUGAAAACCACAGCAAAAGACAUUCAACAAACAGAGCAAAUGAUUGAACAAAGGCUUGUCCAGGCACAGAAUGUAACUCAGGGCUGGGAAGAAAUCAAGCACAUGAAGGCAGAGCUUUGGAUUUACCUCCAGGAUGCCGACCAGCAGCUGCAGAAUAUGAAGAGGAGGCACUCAGAGCUGGAGCUUAACAUUGCCCAGAACAUGGUUUCCCAAGUCAAGGAUUUUGUGAAAAAACUACAGUGCCAGCAGGCUUCUGUGAGUGCCCUCACACAGAAGGUGAAUAAGUUAACCAAGAAGCAGGAAUCUCCUGAACACAAGGAAAUAAAGCACCUGCAGGACCAGUGGGAGGCGCUGCAGCUCCAGUACACCACCCUGUGUGAACAGAGGGAAGAGGGUCUGCAGAGAACCAGGGACUACCAUGACUGCAUGAGCGUCGUGGAAGGUUUUUUAGAGAAAUUCACAAUGGAGUGGGACAACUUGGCCAGAACCGACGCAGAGAGCACAGCCACUCAUUUGGAAGCGCUGAAAACGUUAGCAUUGUCCUUGCAGGAGAGAAAGCAGGCUAUCGAAGAUCUGAAGGCUCAAAAGCAAAAAAUGAUAGAACAUCUGAACUUAGAUGAUAAAGAGUUAGUCAAAGAGCAAACACAUCACCUUGAACAACGUUGGUUUCAGCUUGAGGACCUAGUUCAACGGAAAAUCCAAGUGUCGGUCACCAAUUUGGAGGAGUUAAAUGUGGUGCGGUCAAGAUUUCAGGAGCUGAUGGAGUGGGCUGAAGAGCAGCAACCCAACAUAGCUGAGGCUCUUCAGCAGAGUCCCCCACCAGAGAUGGCCCAGAGCCUCCUCAUGGACCAUCUCACCAUUUGCAGUGAACUGGAGAACAAACAGAUGCUCCUGAAGUCAGUCACCAAGGACGCUGACAGGGUGAUGGCUGACCUGGGGCUCAACGAGCGGAAGGUCAUCCAGAAGGCUCUGUCUGAGGCACAAAAGCAUGUGAACUGUGUCAGCGACUUAGUGGGCCAGAGACGCAAGUACUUAAACAAGGCCUUGUCUGAGAAAACCCAGUUUCUCAUGGCGGUGUUCCAGGCAACCAGCCAAAUCCAGCAACAUGAGCGAAAGAUGAUGUUCCGAGAGCACAUUUGCCUGUUACCAGAAGAUGUGAGCAAGCAAGUGAAAACAUGUAAGAGCGCACAGGCCAGCCUCAAAACGUACCAAAAUGAAGUCACAGGGCUGUGGGCCCAGGGGCGGGAGUUAAUGAAGGAAAUCACUGAACAGGAGAAGGGGGAAGUGCUGAGUAAGCUUCAGGAACUGCAGGGUGUCUAUGAUGCUGUUUUACAAAAGUGUAGCCACCGGCUGCAAGAACUAGAGAAAAGUUUAGUUUCUAGGAAGCAUUUUAAGGAAGAUUUUGAUAAAGCAUGUCACUGGUUAAAGCAAGCCGAUAUUGUUACGUUUCCGGAAAUCAACCUAAUGAACGAGAGUUCUGAGCUUCAUACACAACUGGCCAAGUACCAACAGAUUCUUGAGCAAUCUCCAGAAUAUGAAAAUCUCCUCCUUACACUGCAGAGAACAGGGCAGGCCCUCUUACCAUCGCUGAAUGAAGUCGACCAUUCCUACCUCCACGAUAAACUCCAUGGCCUGCCCCAGCAAUUCAAUGUCAUCGUCGCCUUGGCCAAAGACAAGUUCUAUAAAGUCCAAGAAGCAAUCCUUGCCCGGAAAGAAUAUGCUUCCUUGAUCGAGUUGACCACUCAGUCUCUGCGUGAACUGGAAGACCAGUUCUUGAAGAUGAGAAAGGUUCCCGCCAAGCUGAUGGUGGAGGAGGCUGUGUCUCUGCAGGAUGAUUGCAGAGCGCUGCUGGGAGAGGUGGUUGGCCUGGGGGAAGCAGUGGAUGAGCUGAACCAGAAGAAAGAGGGUUUUCGCAGCACCGGUCAGCCCUGGCACCCAGACCAGAUGCUGCACGUUGUCACCCUGUACCACAGGCUCAAGAGGCAGACUGAGCAAAGGGUCGGCUUACUGGAAGACACGACCAGCGCGUAUCAGGAACACAGAAAGAUGUGCGACCAACUGCAAAAACAACUGGGAGCCGUGAAGACAGAACAAUCCGAACUGAAUGAGCAGACACUCCCUGCAGAGGAGAAGCUCAAGAUCUACCACGCGCUGGCAGGGAGCCUCCAGGACUCGGGCAUUCUACUGAAACGUGUGACCGUGCAUCUGGAAGACCUGGUUCCACACCUCGACCCCGCGGCCUACGAGGCAGCCAAGCAUCAGAUCCAGGCUUGGCAGGAGGAGCUGAAGCUGCUGACGUCUGUCAUCGGUGAGACAGUGACCGAGUGUGAGGGCCGCAUGGUGCAGAGCAUCGACUUCCAGACGGAGAUGAGUCGCUCGCUGGACUGGCUGCGGGGCGUGAAGGCCGAGCUGAGGGGGCCACUGAGCCUGGACCUCAAUCUGCAGGACAUCCAGGAGGAGAUCAGGAAGAUCCAGAUUCAUCAGGAAGAGGUCCAGUCCAGCCUGCGGAUCAUGAACGCGCUCAGCAUCAAGGAGAAGGAGAAGUUCAGCAAAGCCAAGGAGCUCAUCUCUGCAGACUUAGAGCACACGCUGGCCGAGCUCGCUGAGCUGGAGGGCGACAUCCAGGAAGCGCUCUGCGCCAGGCAGGCUAAAUUGACUGAAAUAUACGGCCAAUGUCAAAGGUAUUAUCAGGUAUUUCAAGCAGCUAACGACUGGCUGGAGGAUGCCCAGGAGAUGUUACAGCUGACAGGCAAUGGUCUCGAUGUGGAGAGUGCAGAGGAGAGUCUCAGACGCCACACAGACUUUUUCAGCACAGAGGAUCAGUUCCACAGUACCCUGGAGGAGCUUCAAAGCCUGGUAGCCAACCUGGACCCGCUGAUCAAGCCAGGUGGGAAAGAGGGCCUGGCGCAGAAGAUGGCUUCCCUGGAGGAGAAGAGCCAGAAGCUAACCCGGGACGCUCAUGCCCAGUUAGAUCUCUUGCAAAGAUGUGCAUCUCAGUGGCAGGAAUACCAGCAGGCGAGGGAGGAGGUCAUUGAACUGAUGAAUGAUGCUGAAAAGAGAUUGUCAGAGUUUUCCUUAUUGAGGACUUCUUCCAGUCACGAAGCAGAAGAAAAGUUGUCAGAACACAAGGCAUUAGUGCCGAUUGUUAACUCUUUCCAUGAGAAAAUUGUGGUCCUAGAAGAUAAAGCUUCGCAACUGGAAAAAACUGGCAACGAUGCCAGCAAGGCAACCAUCAGCAGGUCGAUGACGAGCGUGUGGCAGCGCUGGGCACGUCUCCGUGCGGUGGCCCAGGACCAGGAGAAGAUACUGGAAGACGCAGUGGAGGAGUGGAGGAGCCUUACCCAGAAGGUUAAAAAAGCUAACGAAAUGAUGGAUCAGCUGCAAGACAAAUUUCCAGGAAGUUCAACAGAGAAAGCCGCAAAAGCAGAGCUUUCAACUCUUCUCGACUAUCAUGACACAUUCAUGCUGGAGCUGGAGCAUCAACAGUCAGCUCUGGGCAUGCUGCGGCAGCAGGCACUGAGCAUCCUUCGGGACGGGGCCCCCCAGACCCCAGGAGAAGAGCCACCAAGCCUGCAGAAAAUCACGGCAAUGCAGGCUCAGUGCCUAAACAUGCAGGAGAAGGUGAAGAGCAGUGGGAAGGCCGUCAAGCAGGAGCUGAAAGAGCGAGAGGUGGUGGAAACGCAAAUCAACUCUGUGAAAUCGUGGGUUCGGGAAACGAAGGAGUAUUUGGUGAAUCCAACAAUAGAAAUAGAUGCUCAACUUAAGGAAUUUAAGAGUCUCCUAACAGAAGUCACAAGUCACCGACAGAACAUUGAGAAAAUGGCUGAAGAACAGAAGAAUAAGUACUUUGGUCUUGGUACCAUUUUACCUUCAGACCUUUCCCUUCAGUUAGCAGAAGUGGCCUUGGACUUAGGAACUACCCAUGACCAGAUCCAGGACAAAGUAAAAGAAGUUGAGCAGAGCAAGAUCAUGAGCCAAGACUUCAACCGGCAAAUUCAGACGAUAGCCAAAGACCUCACAACUAUUCUAACUAAGCUGAGAGCAAAGACUGAUAAUUUAGCUCAAGCAAAAGCUGAGCAAAAGGUGCUGGGAGGGGAGCUAGAUGACUGCAAUGCAAAGUUAAUGAAGCUCCAUGAAGCAGUGCAGAAGUUCUCGGAGCAGAAUGGCCAGCUGGGCAAGCCUCUGGCCAAGAAGAUAGGAAAGGUGGCGGAGCUGCACCAGCAGACCAUUCGACAGGCCGAGAGCCGGCACGCCAAUCUCAGUCAGGCGGCAUCACAUUUAGAAGAUUACAAUGAAAUGCUUGAGUUAAUUCUAAAGUGGAUGGAGAAAGCGAAAGUCUUGGUACAUGGCAAGAUUGCUUGGAAUUCUGCAAGCCAACUUCGGGAACAAUAUACUUCACAUCAGACCAUGCUGGAAGAAUCUGAAGACAUUCACAGUGACCUGGAAGCAAUGACUGAGAAACUGCAAUGCCUCGGCAGUGUGUACUGCACAGAAAAAAUGUCUCAGCAAGUGACAGAACUGGGGCGGGAGACCGAGGAGCUGCGGCAGAUGAUCAAAACUCGUUUGCAGAAUCUCCAUGAUGCUGCCAAGGAUAUGAAAAAAUUUGAAACCGAGCUGAAAAAUUUACAAGCUGCUUUAAAGCAAGCCCAAACCACUCUGACUUCUCCAGAAGUUGGAUGCUUGAGUCUCAAGGAGCAACUUUCUCACCGGCAGCACUUGUUGUCAGAGAUGGAAUCCCUCAAGCCAAAGGUUCACGCGGUGCAGGCCUGCCAGAGCGCGCUCCGGAUCCCUGAAGAGGAGGUGGCGGGCCUGCCGCUCUGCCACGCCGCCCUGCGCCUGCAGGAGGAAGCCAGCCGGCUGCAGCACACCGCCAUCCAGCAGUGCACGGUCAUGCAGGAGGCCGUGGUGCAGUAUGAACAAUAUGAACAAGAAAUGCAGCGGCUGCAGGAGCUGAUAGAAGGAGCUCACAGAGAGAUCGAGGACAAGCCUGUGACCACCAGCAACAUCCAGGAGCUGCAAGCCCAGAUUUCUCGGCACGAGGAGCUGGCCCAGAAAAUCAAGGGCUACCAGGAGCAGAUCGCCUCUUUGAAUUCCAAGUGCAAGAUGCUGACGAUGAAGGCCAAGCACGCCACCAUGCUGCUGACGGUGACCGAGGUGGAGGGGCUGGCGGAAGGAACCGAGGACCUGGACCGCGAGCUCCUCCCCGCGUCCUCGGCCCAGCCCUCUGUGGUCAUGAUGACUGCAGGUCGCUGUCACACUUUGCUGUCACCUGUCACUGAGGAGUCUGGGGAGGAGGGAACCAACAGUGAGAUUUCCUCUCCACCUGCCUGUCGCUCCCCAUCACCUGUGGCUAAUCCAGAUGCUUCUGUUAACCAGGACAUUGCGUAUUACCAGGCCUUGUCUGCUGAGAGUUUGCAGACCGAGGCCGCCAGGCUUCACCCCAGCCUGUCACCAUCCCAGGCGCUUUACGAACCAGGCCUGGAACCAUCAGCCACCGCUAAGCUGGAUGAUUUGCAGCGCUCUUGGGAAACCUUAAAGAAUGUGAUCAGUGAAAAGCAACGCACACUCUAUGAAGCUCUGGAACGCCAGCAGAAGUACCAGAACUCCCUCCAGUCCAUCUCUACCAAGAUGGAAGCCAUCGAGAUGAAGCUCAGUGAGGGAAUGGAGCAAGGCAGGAGUCCUGAGAGCCAGAUGGCUGAACACCAGGCGCUCAUGGACGAGAUUCUCAUGCUGCAAGAUGAGAUCAGUGAGCUGCAGUCGUCCCUAGCGGAGGAGCUGGUAUCCGAGUGUCCAGAGGCUGACCCCGCCCAGCAGCUGGCCCUGCAGUCCACGCUCACCGUCCUGGCGGAGCGCAUGUCCACCAUCAAGAUGAAAGCGUCGGGGAAAAGACAGCUGCUGGAGGAGAAGUUAAAUGAUCAGCUAGAGGAACAGAGACAGGAACAAGCCCUGAGGAGGUACUGCUGUGAAGCUGAUGAACUGGAUCACUGGCUCCUGAACACGAAGGCCACUCUGGACAUUGCACUGAGCACCUCCAAGGAGCCCAUGGACAUGGAGGCCCAGCUGGUAGACUGCCAGAACAUGCUGGUGGAAAUUGAGCAGAAGGUGGUGACCUUGUCAGAGCUCUCGGUCCACAAUGAAAACCUGCUUCUGGAAGGCAAGGCUCACACAAGGGAUGAGGCUGAGCAGCUGGCCGUAAAGCUGAGGACGCUGAAGGGCAGCCUGCUGGAGCUGCAGACAGCCCUGCACAGCAAGCAACUCAACAUCAAGGGAAGCGGACAGGAGAAGGAGGAGAGCGAGGCUGACCUCACUGCCGCGCAGAGCCCCAGUGUCCAGGAGUGGCUGGUCCAGGCACGCUCCACGUGGACAUACCAGCGAGAGAACAGCCUCCAGCAGCAAAAAGAGUUGGAGCAGGAGUUAGCAGAGCAGAAGAGCCUCCUGCGAUCAGUAGCCAGCCGUGGAGAGGAAAUUCUCACCCAGCACUCAGCGGCAGAGACCCCUGGCUUGGGCGAAAAACCUGAUGUGUUAUCCCAGGAGUUGGGGAUGAAUGGGGAGAAGUCACCUGCUGAAGACCAGAUGAGAUUGAAAUGGGAAAGUCUCCAUCAAGAAUUUAGUACCAAGCAGAAACUACUGCAGAAUGUUCUGGAACAGGAACAAGAACAAGUGCUUUACAGCUGCCCAAACCGGCUCCUGUCUGGUGUGCCUCUGUACGAGGGGGACAGGCAGACCCAGGAGAAAUCAGCGGUGACAUCUUUGCUGGGUGGUCUGAACCAAGCCUUUGAGGAAGCUUCUUCCCAGGGUGGAGGGACAAAGAGGCAGAACAUUCACUUGGAACAGAAGUUGUAUGAUGGGGUCUCUGCUACCUCCACUUGGCUGGAUGAUGUUGAGGAACGUUUGUUUGUAGUGACUGCACUUUUACCAGAAGAAACGGAGACCUGUCUCUUCAACCAAGAGACUCUUGCCAAAGAUAUUAAGGAAAUGUCUGAAGAAAUGGACAAGAACAAGAACUUGUUUUCACAAGCAUUUCCAGAGAAUGGCGAUAACCGUGAUGUCAUUGAAGACACACUGGGUUGUCUCCGAGCUAGAUUAUCCUUGCUUGAUUCAGUAGUGAAUCAACGGUGUCAUCAGAUGAAGGACAGACUUCAGCAAAUAUUAAAUUUCCAGAAUGAUCUGAAGAUGCUGUCUACGUCUCUGGCUGACAACAAGUAUAUCCUCCUACAGAAACUGGCAAAUGCAUUUGAACAGCCAGUGGCGAAGCAAAUGGAGGUGAUACAAGAGGCUGAAGAAGGUCUAAAGGAGUUGGAUGCAGGGAUCAUUGACCUAAAGAGACGUGCUGACAAGCUGCAGAUUGAGCAGCCUUCCCUGCAGGAACUCUCCAAAGUGCAGGACAUGUACGAUGAGCUGAUGGUGACAAUCGGCUCCCGGCACAGUGGACUGAACCAGAACCUUGCUCUAAAGAGUCAGUAUGAAAGGGCCCUUGAGGAUCUCACUGACCUGUUGGAAACCGGAAGGGAAAAGAUGGCAGGAGACCAGAAAAUCAUUGUCUCUUCCAGAGAGGAAAUCCAACAGCUACUUGACAAACACAAGGAAUACUUUCAAGGCCUGGAAUCUCAUAUGAUCUUGACUGAAACACUCUUCAGGAAGAUCAUCAGCUUUGCUGUCCCAGAGGAAACUCAGUUCCACACAGAACUGAUGGUGCAGGCUUCAGCUGUACUUAAACGGGCUCAUAAGAGGGGUGUGGAGUUGGAGUACAUUCUAGAGACAUGGACCCACCUGGACGAGGACCACCAGGAGCUCAGCCGGCAGCUGGAGGUGGUGGAAGGUGGCAUCCCGAGUGUGGGCUUGGUGGAGGAGACUGAAGACAGACUGGUGGACCGGAUAGCCCUUUACCAGCAUUUGAAAUCCAGCCUGAAUGAGCACCAGCCCAAAUUAUAUCAGCUCUUAGAAGAUGGGAAGCGACUUCUGAUGUCCAUUAGCUGUUCAGACCUAGAAAAUCAGCUGAGUCAACUUGGAGAACAUUGGUUAAAUAACACCAACAAAGUGGCUAAGGAACUUCACCGAUUGGAAACAAUAUUGAAACAUUGGACCAGGUAUCAAAGUGAAUCUGCUGAGCUAAUUCACUGGUUACAGUCCGCAAAAGACAGGCUAGAGUUCUGGACUCAGCAGUCUGUGACAGUACCGCAGGAACUGGAAAUGGUCCGGGACCACCUGAACGCGUUCUUGGAGUUUACCAAAGAAGUGGAUGCCAAAUCUUCCCUGAAAUCUUCUGUUCUGAGCACCGGAAACCAGCUUCUUCGAUUAAAGAAAGUAGACACGGCCACCCUCCGUUCCGAGCUGUCACACAUCGAUGGCCAGUGGACUGACCUGUUGACCAGUAUUCCAGCUGUGCAAGAGAAGCUCCACCAGCUGCAGAUGGAUAAGCUGCCUUCCCGCCAUGCCAUUUCUGAAGUUCUGACUUGGAUUUCUCUUAUGGAAAGUGUUAUUCAAAAGGAUGAAGACAAUAUAAAAAAUUCCAUAGGUCACAAGGCAAUUCACGAGUACCUUCAGAAAUAUAAGGGGUUUAAGAUAGAUAUUAACUGUAAACAGUUAACAGUCGAUUUUGUGAACCAGUCUGUGCUACAAAUCAGCAGUCAGGAUGUGGAAAGCAAACGCAGUGAUAAGACUGAUUUUGCUGAGCAACUUGGAGCUAUGAAUAAAAGUUGGCAAAUUCUGCAGGGUUUAGUAUCUGAGAAGAUCCAGCAGUUGGAAGGAUUAUUAAAAUCUUGGUCAGAAUAUGAAAAUAGUGUACAAGGUCUGAAAACAUGGUUUGAAACCCAGGAAAAGAGCCUGAAGCAACAACACCGUAUUGGAGACCAGGCAUCUGUUCAGAACGCCAUCAAGGACUGUCAGGAUCUGGAAGAUUUGAUUAAAGCAAAAGAAAAAGAAGUAGAGAAAGUUGAGCAGCAUGGACUUGCUUUGAUUCAGGACAAGAAAGCAGAAGUCUCUGGCAUUGUGAGGAGAACGCUACAGGAGCUCAGACAGACCUGGGCGAAUUUAGACCAGAUGGCUGGGCAAUUAAAGACCCUGCUGAAGUCGGUGCUUGAGCAGUGGAACACUCACAAAGUGGCCUCUGAUGAGAUAAACAGCUACCUCAUGGAAGCCAGAUAUUCUCUCUCCCGAUAUCGUCUGCUGACCGGCUCUUUAGAAGCUGUGCAAGUUCAAGUGGAAAAUCUGCAGAAUCUUCAAGAUGAUCUUGAAAAACAGGAAGAGAAAUUACAGAAAUUUAGCUCCGUCACCAACCACCUAUUGAAAGAGUGUCAUCCGCCUGUCACAGAAACUCUUACCAACACACUGAAGGAGGUCAACAUGAGAUGGAAUAACUUGCUGGAAGAGAUUGCUGAGCAGCUGCACUCCAGCAAGGCCCUCCUUCAGCUCUGGCAGAGGUACAAGGACUAUUCCAAGCAGUGUGCCGUUGCGGUUCAGCGCCAGGCGGAGAGAAUCAACGAGCGCCUGAAGGCAGCCACCGACAAGGAUGUCGCUGAUGAUGAGGUCUCAACGUGGAUUCAAGAUUGCAACGACCUUCUCAAAGGACUGGGGACCACUAAGGAUUCUCUUUUUGUUCUCCAUGAACUGGGAGAGAAGCUCAAGCAACAGGUGGACGCGUCAGCAGCCUCAGCCAUUCAGUCUGACCAGCUGUCAUUGAGUCAGCAAUUGAAUUCCCUAGAACAGGCUCUUUGCAAACAGCAGGCCCUGCUUCAGGAUGGAGUACUUGAUUAUGAAACCUUUACCAAGAGUUUAGAAGCUUUGGAGGCCUGGAUCAUAGAAGCUGAAGAAAUUCUCCAAGCGCAGGACCCUAACAACUCAUCAGACCUCUCCACCAUCCAGGAAAGGAUGGAGGAGCUCAAGGGACAGAUGUUGAAAUUCAGCAGCAUGGCUCCAGAUGUGGACCGUCUGAAUGAGCUUGGAUACAGGUUACCCCUGAACGAUAAAGAAAUCAAAAGGAUGCAGAAUCUGAACCGACAUUGGUCUCUGAUUUCCUCUCAGACGACGGAGAGAUUCAGUAAGUUGCAGUCAUUUUUGCUCCAACAUCAGACUUUCUUGGAAAAGUGUGAAACAUGGAUGGAAUUCCUGGUCCAAACAGAACAAAAGUUAGCAGUCGAGAUUUCGGGCAAUUAUCAGCAUCUUUUGGAGCAACAGAGAGCUCAUGAGUUGUUUCAAGCAGAGAUGUUCAGCCGUCAGCAGAUUCUGCACUCAAUCAUCAUUGACGGACAGCGUCUCCUAGAGCAAGGUCAAGUUGAUGACAGAGACGAGUUCAACCUGAAGCUGACACUUCUCAGCAACCAGUGGCAAGGCGUGAUCCGCAGGGCCCAGCAGAGGCGCGGCAUCAUCGACAGCCAGAUCCGCCAGUGGCUGCGCUAUCAGGAGAUGGCGGAAAAGCUCCGGAAGUGGCUGGUGGAAGUGGCCUGUCUCCCCGCAAGUGGCCUCGGUAGUGUCCCCAUCCCACUGCAGCAAGUGAGGACCCUCUUUGAUGAAGUGCAGUUCAAAGAAAAAGUGUUUCUGCGACAACAAGGCAGCUACAUCCUCACCGUGGAGGCGGGGAAGCAGCUCCUGCUCUCGGCAGACAGCGGGGCCCAGGCCGCCCUGCAGGCCGAGCUCACGGAUGUCCAGGAGAAGUGGAGAUCAGCCAGCACACACCUGGAGGAGCAGAAGAAAAAGCUGGCCUUCCUGUUGAAGGACUGGGAAAAAUGUGAGAAGGGAAUAGCUGAUUCUCUGGAGAAACUACGAAUGUUCAAAAAGAAGCUUUCCCAGCCUCUACCAGACCACCACGAAGACCUCCACAUGGAGCAAAUGCGUUGCAAGGAAUUGGAAAGUGCAGUUGGUAGCUGGACAGAUGACUUGGCACAGCUGACCCUAUUGAAGGACACCCUUUGUGCCUACAUCAGUGCUGAUGAUAUAUCUAUCCUCAACGAACGCAUGGAGCUCCUGCAAAGGCAGUGGGAAGAACUGUGCCACCAGGUCUCCUUAAGGCGACAGCAAGUAAGUGAGAGACUAAAUGAAUGGGCGGUCUUCAGUGAAAAGAACAAGGAGUUGUGCGAGUGGCUGACUCAGAUGGAAAGUAAAGUUUCCCAGAAUGGAGACAUUCUCAUUGAAGAAAUGAUUGAGAAGCUCAAGAAGGAUUAUCAGGAGGAAAUUGCUGUUGCCCAAGAGAACAAAAUACAGCUCCAGCAAAUGGGUGAGAGACUAGCUCGGGCCAGCCAUGAAAGCAAAGCUUCUGAGAUCGAGUACAAGCUGGGGAAGGUCAAUGACCGCUGGCAGCAUCUCCUGGAUCUCAUGGCGGCCAGGAUAAAGAAGCUGAAGGAGACGCUGGUUGCUGUGCAGCAGCUGGACAAGAACAUGAGCAGCCUGAGGACAUGGCUGGCUCACAUCGAGGCAGAGCUGGCCAAGCCCAUUGUCUACGAGUCCUGUGACUCGGAGGAAAUACAGAGGAAGCUGAACGAGCAGCAGGACCUUCAGCGGGACAUCGAGAAGCACAGCACGGGGGUGGCCUCCGUCCUCAACCUGUGUGAGGUCCUCUUGCACGACUGUGACGCGUGUGCCACAGACGCUGAGUGUGACUCCAUCCAGCAGGCGACGCGAAACCUGGACCGGCGGUGGAGGAACAUCUGCGCCAUGUCCAUGGAGAGAAGGCUCAAGAUUGAAGAGACGUGGCGGUUGUGGCAGAAAUUUCUGGAUGACUAUUCUCGUUUUGAAGACUGGCUGAAGAUUUCGGAAAGGACAGCUGCCUUCCCCAGCACUUCUGGGGUGCUCUAUACCGUUGCCAAGGAAGAAUUAAAGAAAUUUGAGGCUUUCCAGCGGCAGGUGCACGAGAGCCUGACCCAGCUGGAGCUGAUCAACAAGCAGUACCGCCGCCUGGCCCGGGAGAACCGCACGGACUCUGGCUGCAGCCUGAAACAGAUGGUCCACGAGGGCAACCGGCGCUGGGACGACCUGCAGAAGCGCGUCACCUCCAUCCUGCGCAGACUCAAGCACUUCAUCGGGCAGCGGGAGGAGUUUGAGAACGCGCGGGACAGCAUCCUGGUGUGGCUGACCGAGAUGGACCUGCAGCUCACGAACAUCGAGCAUUUCUCAGAGUGUGAUGUUCAGGCCAAGAUAAAGCAGCUCAAGGCUUUCCAACAUGAAAUUUCACUGAACCGCAGUAAGAUUGAGCAGAUCAUCGCCCAAGGGGAACAGCUGAUUGAGAAGAGUGAGCCUCUGGACGCGGCCGUCAUUGAGGAGGAGCUCGACGAACUCCGACGCUACUGUCAGGAGGUCUUCGGGCGCGUGGAAAGAUACCACAAGAAGCUCAUCCGCCUGCCUCUCCCGGAUGACGAGCACGACCUCUCCGACCGGGAGCCCGAGCUGGACGACUCUGCAGCCCUCUCAGACCUCCACUGGCACGAGACCCCUGGGGACAGCGCGCUGUCCCCCCAGCCUUCCUCUAACCCCUCCCUCUCACUCGCCCAGCCUGUCCGGAGCGAGCGGUCAGGACGAGACACCCCUGCCAGUGUGGACUCCAUCCCUCUGGAAUGGGACCAUGACUAUGACCUCAGCCGUGACCUGGAGUCAGCCGUGUCCAGAGCUCUGCCCUCCGAGGAUGAAGAGGGUCAGGAAGACAAAGAUUUCUACCUCAGCGGAGCUGUCGGUUUAUCAGGGGACGCCAGCGCCUUGGAGUCACGGGUCCGGCAGCUGGGCAAAGCCCUGGACGACAGCCGCUUUCAGAUACAGCAAACCGAAAAUGUCAUCCGCAGCAAAACCCCCACAGGACCAGAGCUGGACGCCAGCUACAGAGGCUAUAUGAAGCUGCUAGGGGAGUGCAGCGGCAGCCUUGACUCCGUGAGGAGACUGGAGCACAAACUAAAGCAGGAAGAAGAGAACUUCCCUGGCUUUGUGAACCUGAACAGCACCGAAAGCCAAACAGCUGGUGUCAUUGACCGAUGGGAGCUCAUCCAGGCCCAGGCGCUGAGCAAGGAGCUGCAGAUGAAGCACAAGUGGCAGCAAUUCAACUCCGACCUGCACAACCUGUGGGCCUGGCUGGGAGACACGGAGGAGGAGCUGGUGCGGCUGAGGCACCUGGGCCCCAGCACCGACAUCCAGUCCAUCGAGCUGCAGAUCAAGAAGCUUAAGGAGCUCCAGAAAGCUGUGGACGACCGCAAAGCCAUCGUCCUGUCCAUCAACCUGUGCAGCUCGGAGUUCACCAGGGCUGGCAGCGAGGAGAGCCGGGACCUCCAGGACCGCCUGUCCCAGAUGAACGGGCGCUGGGACCACGUGUGCUCCCUGCUGGAGGAGUGGCAGGGGCUGCUGCAGGACGCGCUGAUGCAGUGCCAGGAUUUCCAUGAAAUGAGCCAUGGUUUGCUUCUCAUGCUGGAGAACAUCGACCGGAGGAAAAAUGAAAUUGUGCCCAUUGACCCUCAUCUUGAUGCAGAGAUACUACAGGACCAACACAAGCAGCUGAUGCAAAUAAGGCGUGAGCUAUUAGAAUCCCAACUCAAAGUGGCCUCACUGCAAGACAUGUCUUGCCAACUGCUGGUGAAUGCUGAAGGCUCAGACUGUUUAGAAGCCAAAGAAAAAGUCCAUGUUAUUGGAAAUCGUCUCAAACUUCUCUUGAAGGAGGUCAGUCGUCAUAUCAAGGAUCUGGAGAAGCUACUAGACAUGUCGGGCAGUCAGCAGGAUUUGUCUUCCUGGUCUUCGGCUGAUGAACUGGACACCUCAGGAUCUGUGAGUCCGACAUCAGGGAGAAGCACUCCAAACAGGCAGAGAACGCCACGAGGCAAAUGUAGUCCCUCACAGCCUGGACCCUCUGUCAACAGUCCACAUAGCAGGUCCAGAAGAGGUGGCUCCGAUUCCUCCCCUUCUGAGCCUCGGCCAGCUCGCUCCGGCCGAGCCUUCCUGUGCAGAGUGCUCCGAGCUGCCCUUCCUCUCCAGCUCCUCCUGCUGCUCCUCAUCGGGCUCGCCUGCCUGGUUCCGAUGUCAGAGGAGGACUACAGUUGUGCCCUUUCCAAUAAUUUUGCCAGAUCAUUCCACCCCAUGCUCAGAUACACCAAUGGCCCCCCUCCGCUCUGAACUACUGCUGCCAGCCACAGCAGCCUUGGCAACAGGAGCAGAUUUGGCCAAAAGCUGACCGCAGAUAGCAAGACAAGGCCGCGCAGCCCGGGCAGGCCCUCGGUGUGGCAGCUUCCUUCUCCUCCACACCCUGUCUGAGCUCACUGUGGCUUUGGACAUGGAAGCUAGACAAUGGCAGGAGGAGAGCAAAUGGAUGAUGGGGUUGGAAGAAAGGGCUUGACAUCCUGAGCUGAGCUCAGACUGAGGAGAGUGAGGACGCCCAAGCACCCCGAGAAUGGUGCUCUCCAUCCAUUCAAAGAACAACAUCCUUGUGCGCCAUGUCCACAAGGAACAAUCUCCCAACCAACCAGUGCUAAAGAGAUUCAGAACCUGUAACAUACAGUUUUUAAGAGCUUAUCUGACAGCUUCCUUUUUACCUUGUUUUCCUUUGGGGCAUGAUGAUCUCACCUUUGCUUUAGAAGCACAAGCUGUAAAUCUAAAAGGCACUUUUUUUUUAAAAAAGUAAAAGAGUGACUGGAUGUAAUAAAUUAGAUCAUCAAAGGCUUUAUGUGAAAAAAAGUUGAAUGUUAUAGUAAAAACAAAAGAUAUUUAUGUAUGUACAGUUUGCUAAAGCCAAGUUUUGUUUGUAUUGAUUUAUUUGCAUUUAUUAUAGAGACUAUAAAAUA